ACUAUUCAGUUGUCCAAUGAAGUUGUCUCCAUGUUGUCUCAGAAUAAAUCUGUGAAAACCACAGAGGAAGUGGCUCUUCAGAUCCUCUUGCUUUGCCAGGUUUGGGUUGGGACUGUAGUCAACAUUUUCCUGUUUGUCCAUAAUUUAUCUCCAAUCUUGAAUGGCUCUGAACAGAGGCCCAUACAAGUCAUUUUAGCCAACUUAGCUGUGGGACAUGCCUUGAUUCUCCUCUUUGCAUUUCCAAACAAUAUUUCAGUUUUUGUUCCAAAGGAACCCCCAACUGACCUAAAAUGUAAACUUGGGUACUUCAUUUGGCUAGUGGCCCGAAGCACAAAUAUGUGCUCCACCUGCACCCUGAGCAGUUACCAGUUUGUCACUCUUGCUCCUGGUGCCUGGGGUAGGGUGAUGCUCAGUAGAAGAGCUCCCAAAUUUGUGAGUUAUGCUUGUUACAGUUGUUGGUUGUUCAGUGUCUUAAAUAAUGCUCAUAUUCCAAUGCAAGUCAGUGGUCCACAGAAAAAACAUAAUGAUACCAAUUCUAAAAGCAAGUGGGUUUGCUCCACCACUGGUUUCAGUGUAGGCACAGGCAUCUUGUCGUUUGCUCAUGAUGCAGUGUUCAUCAGCAUCAUCAUCUGGACCAGUGUCUCCAUGGUGAUUCUCCUGAACAGACACCACCAAAGACUGCAGUAUAUUCAAUCUCCCAAACAGAAGCUCAGAGCCUACGCUGAGAUCAGAGCAGCCCACACCAUCCUGAUGCUGGUGGUCACAUUUGUGACCUUUUAUCUUCUAGACUGUAUUUGUUUUUUCUUUCACAUUUCUUUUGUGGACUCUCGGCUUUGGUUGAGGCGUGUCAAAGAAAUUUUGGCUGUAAGCUUCCCCUCCUUUUCUCCAUUAUUGUUAACCUUUAGAGAUCCUAGACAUUCUUGUUCUCUGCUAUUCAACUUCUGA